AAUCUUUACAAUACCAAAUAGAAGAAUUUCAAAUAAUUUAUCAAUCUAAUAUUGAAAUUAUAUCUAUUGAUAAUCAAAUUGAACAAAAUUCUUAUAAUCAAGAAGAAUUUAAUGAAUUUGAUAUUUCAAAUAAUUUUAUUUUAGAUGAAUCUAUUUUAGAAGAAUUUAUUUUAGAAGAAUCAAUUUUAGAUGAGCCUAUUUUAAAUAAUGAACAAAUAAAUAAAUUCAAAAAUAUUUAUUUAAAAAAUAAAAUUGAAGAUAUUGAGAUAAUGAUUUAA